AUGCAGGAAUUCCCAUAUAUCGAUUCUGUGUUUAAGAAGAUACUUCAUGAAAUCUAUGAAUGCUCAGGAGGUCUCUUCAUUGAGCUACUGGAGGGAAAAAUCUGGUGCGGCGCAACAGAGUCCAUCUAUAGGUGGUGGUAUAACUGCUUAGAUGAACAAUGGCCAACGGAGACCAGAGAUGAGAGGAGUUGGAGAACGUGGGAUUCAUACCGAGGAGAUCUAGUUGCUAAUACCUAUGUUGCUACCGACGGUAUUGACAAGUCUCUGGGUAACUUCAGCUGCUAUUUGCUCCUGUCUAAGCCUGGCGAGGAUGCCACCCCUGAUGUCAAGCAGUGCGGCUUAGCAUGCCAUCACGUUGUCAGCCUAUGCAAUGGGGAUUCCACCCUCGCUGGCAAAGAGCCAAGUCAGUACUUCGCUGACAAUCAAAUGUUUCCUCCUAAGCGCUUGAAAGUCAUAGAAUCAGCUCCUGCGUUAGGUGGUAAGAUGAAUAUGGCUGAUGAAAACAAUCCUUUAGGGCCGAUCACUAGGGAUGUAGGGAAGAAUAUCAGGAUCCGGUAUCCAACUACUCAAGAGCACGAAAUAGAACGAAAUGGGAUGCCCCCCGAUAACCUCGAGUUUGCGAAUGAGGAGGAGAAGGAAAUUGGCACCGUUCUGGCCAGUUCUGGUUUAGCGAUGUCAAUGGACGACAACUGCAGGUUGGACUGGGCAGUGGUCCUCUGCAAGCCAGAAGAAUCCGGGAAGAACGUCAUCGUCCACGGCCAGGGGGGAUAUGUGACGAUUAACCAUUGGGCGAGGCCUACUGGUAACAGUGAAAUUUAUCUUCCUGAACGAGGAGUCAAGGGGUAUCUGAACACAGUGAAAAGCUGUGUUUGUUAUAAGAAUGCCGGCCAGGAGACGAGAACAAAAGAGUGGGCAGUCAUUGGUGGAUGCAAGGGUUUCUUCGACAUCCAGGACGUCUCUGGACAGCUGGUUGUUGGGAAGUCCAACGACCAUGCUCUCGGUGUUAUUUGGGGAGGAACCAGAUCUAAACUGAUAGUAGGGACAGUAUACAUCACACCACUGCAUGUCAUUGCUCGAAGCAUCCGUGAGACAACUAGCUACAGUGUUUCACUUGCUGGGGGACCAGAGAUUAUCUGA